UUGCGAAUGGUCUGAGAGUGUGGGUUGGUUUUAGGAGGCAGGUUGAAGGGUUGUAAUGAAGGAGGUACACAAACCAAUUUUACUUCGGACAUGGUGUGUUAAGAGCACAGCUUUAUUCUGAUUUUUUUAUGGUUAGGGCCUAUAUGGAAUUUCCGUCACCGGUCGAACGUGGAUUUUAAAUUUUUAGUUCAAUUGGAUUGUCUGAAGCGCAACAUGGACCAGGAAAGGUUUUUCAGAUUUCUGCUGUCUGCAGUGGUUGCCUCCCAUGCCCUACAUAUUGCAGCAGGUUGCGAUGGAUCAGGAUGCAACAAAAAGAUACUCGCUGGAAAAACCACUCAACGCGCUGAGUACCUCAACCAAUUUAAUGAAAUGAACUCUCUCUCUGGGGAACAGAAACGCCAAGAUGCGGAAUCCGUUAUUCCAUUCGUUGGUCUCACUGGAAGUGCAAAGCAAAGCCGAAGUUGUUGUCAAAACGGGGGAACCUGUAUUUUGGGAAGCUUUUGCGCUUGUCCGAAGCACUACACUGGAAGAAGCUGUGAAUAUGAUGAGCGCAUCAGAAAUUGUGGUGUCAUUCCUCAUGGAGAAUGGGUGCAGAAAGGCUGUUCAUACUGUAGGUGUGGAUAUGGCAUGCUCCACUGCUUCCCUCAAGUCUUUCAGGAAAACUGUGAUGACUCGCAGGAAGUUGUGUGGUUUCGUUCGUAUGGAAGCAGGAUGGAGCAGCCAAAGUACAUUUUGUGUCUAGCACUGCUUGUUGUCCUCUUUAUUUGAUCUGUGAGGACUUUUCCUGCUCCAAUUUCUGAAACAAUCUCAUGCAUGUUAAUCAGGCAAACCUGAAGUCCAUACGUGGCACUAGCUAUGACCUGGCAACUGGACGCAACAUGUACUUUCGGGAAUCAUGAAUCUGCAGAACAGAGAUGAACCUUUCUUCCAGUGGAAGUUUAUUAUGUCCUUGUUGCGUGAUGCAAUUUUUAUCUCAUGUGGCUAUGUAAAUAAGAUUUAAGUGGAAAUAUACAUUUUAUCUUUGUUUUGUGAAUAAUUUCAGAUUUUAUGGUUUUUUACCAAGCCAUGUACAGUUUUAUUAAAAUAGAAGCAGCCUGCUUGGUGUAUAUUUCUAGAAAGCCAACUGCAACUCAAACUGCUUUCAUUGGGAUAUUUUUGGUUCUGUUGUCAUUACUUUAUCACAGGUUAUUUGAUGCAAUGGUUGGUAGCAGUUGCUAAUGUAACUGUAAUCAAAUCCUUUUUUUAAACUUUCCUUUUUUAAAUUACAAACAAAGUUUA